AUGUUGCCUACGCCGAGGCCACGACAUUUGAGCGGGGAUGUGAAGCGUCACAGUCGCCCGUAUUCUUACACUCGCAAGCCUUUCAGUAUCGUUGUUUCACGAGACGGCAAUCUCCCUAUCCGUCGGGCCGUUCAGGUCACUUGCAUCAUCGACGGCCGCCAGCUCAGCUCCGCGACCAUCCUCCCGAGGGGCGAUGACAGCCCGACGUACCUUGAGACUUGGGUGGCCAAGGAGUGCGGGAAGUACUACGACAAGAACUACCAGUUCUCGCCGAUCGUGAGUGAGCUGCUGAAAUCCCCUGACACUGUCAAGAUUUUCCUCCAGGAUGGGCCCAUUCCAGCCGAGCUGCCGUACUAUGGCUCCAUCGUCGUCAAACUCGAGGAAAUCAAGGACCUCAAGGAUCUGCCCUCUCGUGUUGUGUGCAUGGGCAAGAAGCCCCUCGGCCUUCUCACCAAGAUAUUCGAGGGUCAGACCACCGAUACCUACGUGGAUGGUGUUGUCGUGGGGAAGUCGAAGCCAACCAAAAUCUGCGAUGGCAACGUCAACAAGUCUGCCCCCAAGGCCACUGUCGUGUUCAAGGUCUACAUCCAGUACAAGGGCGACCAUUCGAUUAUCAAGGAGUAUGCCCCGGCGCAUUUGACGGCCAAGCAGACUGGUAACGACCCCAUCGAUGUUGUCUACAUCGCCGUUGACGAGAAGCGUAAGCUUAUCACUCAGCCCUUCCGCAUUGUCGCCGCUCCUCCCGAUGCCCACCAUCCCGUUGACGUGAUCCUGCGGUCCACCAUCGACGGCAUCAAGCUCGACCGAAAUGGCACCGUAUCCAUGAAUGGCUCAGGUCAUCCUAUCCACAACGCGGUGUGGUGCGAUAGGAGCAGCGGCAUCCCUUGCGAUAUGGAGUACAUUUUCACUCCCAUUAACUUCGUCGACAACGGGCCCAUCCCUGACGAAGUCCUUCUUUACGGUUCCAUUGCCGUCACUCUCGAGGGCGUAAAGUGUUCCGGCGACAAGACGUCUGCCUUCCGCGCCUCGCCUACGAAGACACCGGUCGCCGUUGUCGACAGCUCAAUGGAGGACCACCUGACUGACACUUGUGUCAUUGGGACGCCGCUGGGUCAGUCAAAGAGGAUGCAUACGUACAGCUUCAAGCCCAUCAAGUCGAUUCCCAAGGCAACAAUCGUGUUCAAGGUAUGUCUUGCCUCAAGCGGGGUUGGUAGUAAUGCUGAUGUGCAGUACGCGUCCAGGGAUGUCCUCAUCGAGAACGACAUCAUCCCCGACAAGCUCGAUGAGAAGGCUGGCCACCACACGCCGCCGUUCACUGUGUUUGGCGGCAAGACGUUGAAGCUGAGCGACACGCCGCUUACUGUUACCUACGACCAUACCGAGGAUGCUAUCGAGGACAUCAACCCUGGUUGCAUGAGGUGGCCACGCUUCCUCUUCUUCAAGAAGAAGCAGAAGAACAAGCGUGGGAGUGUGACUGGUGGCAAGGGCGUGGGCAAGAAACAGUAG